AUGCCUUCAAACGAAGCUUGUUCAUCUCCGAGAACUGAAGAAGAGAAAGAAAUAUCAGAUGAAUAUAUGGAUCAGCACAUAUCGAAUGGCUUCAGUGUUGUUUUUCCGAUUGAGGUAUCGGAAGAUCAAGCGGUUAUUCCCGAGUUUACAAUCGAAGAUCCUCCAAAAUCUGAUCGAGCUCCUGAAAAUGAAGAAUCUAUGUUCACUGAUGAGGUAAUAGAAGAAGAUGAUGAUAUUACAUUGAAUAUGGCGACAUUGAAGCCUUCGCCAAGCGUUGGAAUUAAUCUCGAUUCAUUCGAUCCUUCUUCAUCUAUGUUUACUGCCGCUACUUGUAUUGGCAACGGUAAUAGCCUCCGAUCUAGUUGGGAGAGUGUUCCAUCGAUGACGGAAGAAGCUUGGGAUCGAUUGCAAAAGUCUUAUGUUUAUUUUAAAGGAAAUCCAGUUGGUACUCUUGCUGCUCUUGAUUCUAGCGCAGAAGCAUUGAAUUACAAUCAGGUGUUUGUGAGAGAUUUCAUUCCUUGUGGUUUAGCUUGUUUGAUGAAAUCACCACCAGAACCUGAAAUUGUGAAGAAUUUUCUAUUGAAAACAUUACAAUUGCAAGCUUGGGAGAAGAAGAUUGAUAACUUUACUCUCGGAGAAGGUGUGCUUCCUGCGAGUUUCAAAGUUCUAUAUGAUACACAUCGUCAAAAGGAGACACUAGUUGCAGACUUCGGAGGCAGUGCAAUUGGUAGAGUGGCUCCUGUUGAUUCCGGUUUCUGGUGGAUCAUACUUCUCAGAUCAUAUACAAAAUGCACUGGAGAUCAUACAUUAUGUGAACAAGAUGAGGUUCAACAAGGGAUGAAACUGAUACUUAACCUUUGCCUUUCUGAUGGUUUUGACACUUUUCCAACUCUUUUAUGUGCUGAUGGCUGCAGCAUGAUUGACAGGAGAAUGGGAAUAUAUGGUUAUCCAAUUGAGAUCCAGGCAUUAUUCUAUUUUGCAUUGAGAUGUGCAAAACAAAUGCUAAUACCGAAAGCAGGUGGUAAAGAAUUCAUAGAGAGGAUUGAGAAAAGAAUUACAGCUCUACGCUACCACAUCCAAAACUACUACUGGCUCGAUUUCACUCAACUAAACAACAUAUACAGAUACAAAACAGAGGAAUAUUCCCACACCGCGGUUAACAAAUUCAAUGUCAUCCCUGAUUCAAUCCCGGAUUGGGUAUUUGAUUUCACUCCAAUGCGAGGAGGAUAUUUCAUUGGAAAUGUCAGUCCAGCUCGAAUGGAUUUCAGAUGGUUCUUAGUUGGAAACUGCAUUGCUAUUCUUAGUUCAUUAGCUAUGCCUGAUCAAUCUACAGCCAUAAUGGAUCUAAUCGAAGAACGUUGGGAAGAUCUAAUUGGCGAAAUGCCUUUGAAAAUUACCUUUCCAGCUCUGGAAGGGCAUGAGUGGAAAAUUGUCACUGGCUGUGAUCCAAAGAAUACCCGUUGGAGUUACCAUAAUGGUGGAUCUUGGCCGGUGUUGCUGUGGCUGUUGAGUGCGGCGAGUAUAAAAACAGGGAGACCGCAAAUAGCGAAGAGAGCAAUAGAAUUGGCGGAGCAGAGGCUGAGUAAGGACGGUUGGCCAGAAUAUUACGAUGGAAGAACAGGUCGAUAUGUGGGUAAACAAGCGAGGAAAUACCAAACUUGGAGUAUUGCUGGUUAUCUGGUGGCGAAAACUCUGAUUGAGAAUCCAUCGAAUUUGCUGAUUGUUUCUAUGGAGGAAGAUAAAAAGGUAACUAAACCUAAGCUCACUCGAAGUUCUUCAUGCAAUUUUUAA